GCACAUCAUAUAUUCCUCUCUCUCUCCUCUCUCUCUCUCUCUUCUCUCUCCCUCCACUCUCACACACACUCCUCCGCUAGUUCCCUCCUCUCCUUUCCUCUUCUCUCUCUCUCUCUCUCUCUCUGCAUCUCUCCGCUGCCAAUUUGCACUUUGCUCAAGCGUGGAUACUUUCCUGCUUUGUGUUUCUGAGGUGGUUUCUUUUGGCUGAAAUCGAGGAAAGGGGCGGCGGCGGAUCUGUAAGCAGGCGGAGAAUAAAGCAAGAUGAACGCGGAUCUGAUGGCUGCAAGCACGAAUGGGAAUCUGGACGAGCAGAUUACUCAGCUCAUGCAGUGCAAGCCUCUGUCUGAACCCGAGGUCAGGGCCUUAUGUGAGAAGGCUAAAGAGAUCUUAAUGGAGGAAAGUAAUGUUCAGCCAGUGAAAAGCCCUGUGACAAUAUGUGGUGAUAUUCACGGACAGUUUCAUGAUCUAGCUGAACUUUUCCGCAUUGGAGGGAAGUGUCCGGACACAAAUUAUCUUUUUAUGGGAGAUUAUGUUGAUCGUGGCUAUUAUUCCGUUGAAACUGUCACUCUUCUUGUGGCUCUAAAAGUGCGCUAUCCUCAGCGCAUCACAAUUCUUAGAGGAAACCAUGAAAGUAGACAGAUCACUCAGGUUUAUGGCUUUUAUGAUGAAUGCUUGCGGAAGUACGGAAAUGCUAAUGUAUGGAAGAUAUUUACAGAUCUGUUUGACUAUUUCCCUCUGACUGCAUUGGUUGAGUCGGAAAUAUUUUGUCUGCAUGGUGGAUUGUCCCCGUCUGUGGAAACCCUUGAUAAUAUACGAAACUUUGAUCGUGUGCAAGAAGUUCCACACGAAGGUCCGAUGUGUGAUCUUCUGUGGUCUGAUCCUGAUGAUCGAUGUGGUUGGGGCAUCUCACCCCGUGGUGCCGGAUACACUUUUGGCCAGGCAAUAUCCGAGCAAUUCAACCACACAAACAAUUUGAAGCUCAUCGCCCGAGCCCAUCAGCUGGUUAUGGAAGGAUACAAUUGGGCCCAUGAACAAAAGGUCGUCACUAUCUUCAGCGCACCGAAUUAUUGCUAUCGCUGUGGAAACAUGGCGUCCAUUUUGGAAGUCGAUGAUUGCAGAGAGCAUACCUUUAUCCAGUUUGAGCCAGCCCCGAGAAGAGGGGAACCGGAUGUGACUCGAAGAACUCCCGACUACUUCUUGUAGAAUUGACAGGUAAGCAUAUAUCGAUUGAGUUGCUUUCAUGUCUUUUUCUUGAUAAUCCUGUCCCUCGGUGAAGGUAAUUUGGGCACGAGGGGGCAUGGGUAAUAGAUGAUAUAUCUAAGUUAUAUGUUGUAAUUGCGCUCGAUCACAUUUGAUGAGGCAGAGGAAAUCGGGGUAGGGGAUUGUGCUGUGUAUCGAUCUUGUUUUAUAUUUUUGAUGUGUUCAGUUAUUUCCUUUGCCGUGUGGUCUUGGUCGUUAUCGUCGUCGUCGGCAUCUUAUCUUCUUCUUCUUCUUCUGUGGUUUCGAGUCGAAAUUAAUCUUUUUUGUGGCUCUCAGUUAAUUGUCACUGCAAAAUUGUGAAAACUGAGGACGUUUAUGGAUAACUGGUAACUGGAGCUUACCAGUAGAAUGAAUUCUAUAGCUAUGGCUGAGAUGAGGUGAAUAGUACUAGUAUGUGACUUUUAUCUAAUUAAUUAUUUAUUUAUUUUCAUGAA